AUGCUUGUGCAAUUUCAUUGGCAUGGAGUUGGUUCGAAUGCUCAGGUGCGGCUCCUGCAAGGCAUGCUCGCCCCUGAGGAAUUGGCCACGUAUAUUGACCUGGAGUUUGAGCAGAGACUCAACAAUUUCCUCCGUAGCUUCCCUAUCCAGGACGUGGCGAAGGCAGAAAGCGAUUUCAGAAAGCAAGUUGCGUGCUUCUGCGAAGCUGUGCUUGAGGAGCAAAAGCACCCAGAUUCUGAGCUUUCAGAAAUCUCCGCUGGAGUUGCAGGGAUGACGCUUGAUUUGCUUUCUCUGGGCAAUGUAGUUGCCCUUCAGCGUGGCGCCGCCGCCUUGGAUCAAUUCAACAAGGAAGCGUCCUCCAGCUCCGUUGUUGCUUUUUUCACGAAGCACAAGGUAGGGCAACUCCUUACCCAGGCUUCGGCUGAAGUAAUGGUGGAGGGCGCCGCCCGAGUUUCUGUGGAGAAAGCUCUCCAGGAAGCCUCAGCAGCUUUGGCAGGCACGCACAUGGCAAAAGCAUCAACAAAGUGCGGAAAUGAUUUGGAUCAGAUGAGCAGAGAGUUCUGGGCUUGGUUGAGCAAAGCCUUGAGGAGUGAGUUGUCGAACACCGUGUCCGGAGUCUUGGAGCAAGCUGCGGCGCUCUUGGGGUGUGAGCAAGCUUCUGUGGAAGAGUUUUCCAUCAAAGAUAUGGAGAAUGUAUUGAAAUGUAGCGAGGUGGUCAAUCAUUCUAUUUGGGAUGGUCUGUCCGCUGAACUUGCGAAGGAGAAGAAGAUCCUCAAACUCUUUGAGUUCUACAACAAGCUGGCUGAGCAUGCCACAGACCUGAUCAAGUUCGCCCUGUCGGUAUCUCCCAGGACGCAGUCCCUGUUUCAAGGCGCUGCCUUGCCUCCAAAGCCUCCCCCAGAAGCACUGCGCAGGUUCAAAGACCUCCCAGACCAGUUGCAGGAAUUCUGUGACGAGACAGAGACAUCCAACGCCCGCGGUUGGCAAGAGCUGUUGCAGGCUGUGGACGCGGAGAUGGAGGACCAAGAGUCGGCCGGCUUUAAAGCAUUGAGCGUGCUCAUUGAUGAUUUUCUAGCGGGCCGUCCCGAAGCUUCAAAGGCAAAGCUUGAAGAGGUCAAGCGCAUGAUCCCUCAGAAGUGCCCAGCACGGGAAACGCUAGAUGCAGCUUUCCAGGUGCUAGCGCUGUGGCUCACUGAUUUUGAUGGGACAGAGCCAGUUGUCAAGCGUUUAGAUGCUCUUUUAUCUUUCUCUGACAAACUUCAGAAAGCGCCAGACUCUUUACAAGCUUCACUCGCAACCUGCUCCUUGACGCAGCAUCAGCCUUGGGAAGGAUGGCUGAAGAAGGAGUACUCGCGGUUGGUGCACGCUGUGGUGGCCCAGAGCACUUCUCGGAGCAAAGCCUUAGGUCAGAAACUCAACGAGAUCAUGCGUGGCUUCUCUAUUUUGCCGGACUCCUCGAAAGAAGGCGCAUUUCGGGCAGCCGUUGCAGAGCAGAUGAAUUCUUUGAGCUCGUCGUCGACGUUGUUGAAGAAACGCCAUGAGGAGCUGACAAGUUUCCUUGAAGUUCUGCGCCAAGAUGACGGCGAAGAUCUUGCUGAAACAGUGCAGCAACUGGAAUCCCGAAUCGCAGAGGCGAAAGCGCUGGCCCAGUCUAUUGUCACCACACUUUGUUUCUUUGCUGCCCUCACCCUGUUCCGCAGCUCCAACAUUGGAGGAAAAUCUGAGCAAUCGAAGAAGGGAGCCACUGACUUGAACUGCUUGCUGUCAACCUUCUUUGCAGAGCUGGAGCGCACGAAUCCUUGCAAGUGGUUGGACGUGAUCUCCAUGGAGAAAAUUUUGCUUCAAAUGGGCGAGCUGGUCAAGAACGUCUUCAACCAGAUGAAAUCCAAUCCUGCUGCAGUAGAUGUAGCGGCCCGCUGGGCUGAGGCUUCGGAAAAGCGAAGCAAGAUGCCUUUACUGACAGACGUGUUGCAAUUCAAAGAGGACAAAUCCUCCGAAGAGUGCCCACCUCCCAAGACUGUGCCCAACAAACGUGGCUCAGAAGCACAAAGCUCUGCAGGCCCAGCUGCAGAGAAACGUGCCAAGGACCCACGCAGCCACACGCCUAGUCCUGCGGAGAAAGAGGCGAAGGUGCCAGAGAAAGAGCUCAGCGCCGAGAACGAAGGCGUUCAGGCGGAGCGUCCUCAGACAGGCGAAUCUGCAGUAUCUCAAAAUGCCCCCGGUGCUGGCACGAAGAAGAGGAAGCCUGAUGACUUUCCGCAAGCGACAUUGAAAGAAAUGCCAGCAGCAACCUGGACAUCCCGGCCAAAACACACAGCUCCUUCAAAAGAAGCGCCCCCCCAGCCUGCUUCAAAAAAAGGGAGCGAAGCCCCCACUGCCGCUGCAGAGGCGGCUUUGUUGGAAACAGCGCUUCCGGAGCAGGCCGCGGGCCGGGUCAAUCCAUCAAAGAACGGCAAAUUUACCGCGGAAGAAGAGAAAAGCUGGAAUGAAUUCAAAGCUCGAAUGGGGGAUAAGAAGGACAACAAAGAACAGAAAGAUAAGAAGCUUGACAAAAAAGAAAAGAAAUCCAAGCAAGAUGAGCAAGGUAACAACGCAACCACUUCCAAUGCCGCUGCAAAGAGAAAGGGGCGGGCCCUAGAAGACGACGAUUCGAACAAGGGAGGCAGGAGGAAGAAGAGCAAGAUUGAAGAAGGUCCGCAGGCUGCGCUUGGGAAAAAGGAGGAGCCCAAGCCUAAGUCCGCAGCUGCCAAGGUGAAAGCAGCUGCAGCGAAGAAAGAUUCCAAGAAGUCUGACUCAUUGCAGCGUGCUGUUUUCUUGUUCCAGAAUGAAAUGAGUUCCAGUGUCUCAAGCAAACGGUGUCCGGUCAUGGCGCGCCCUUGUGACGGCCGCAUCUUGAGGGCGAGGCCAAGCCUUGAUGGUGACGCCGUGAAAGAAUGUGAAACAGAGUCUGCUGCCCGCAAGGUCGCUGGCCAGGAGUUGUUGACCGGCUCCUGGCUUUACAACAUGUCCAGGGAGAAUUUGAGAUUGUGCCAGAAGAUGGCACCAAAGAGACCUGCUUGGGGAGCUGCAACAUUGACAUGGGGAUCCAUGUGUUCAGGAUCAGAGGGCCCAGCUUGGGUAGUGGCUGCGCUGAACCAGCUGUUCGAGGAGGAGGGGUCAAGCUUCAAACUUGAUCACGUUUUCUCCUGCGAGUUCUCGCCUGAAAAAAGAAAAUGGAUCCACGCUUCUUCUGUGCUCGCAGAGCCGGCUUGUGCAAAAUUAGCUGCGAUCGUGGAGAGCCGACGCGUGCCCGACUUGGAUCUAGAAUCUCUUUGCAAAGCCCCCGACGCUCCUUGUGUUUUCUUCGACAUUUUGGAGAUGGGCGCUGCCCAGGCUGAUUGCUGGGAGCACGGGCCUAGCAAGUGCAGCGUGCCAGGCGUAGAUCUUCUCAUAGUUGGCACAAGCUGCAAAGAUAUGUCCCGCCAGAAUGCAACCAGCGCGAGACAAGAGCUGGUGCUGCAGGCUGAAAAAUCCAAAGGCGGCAGCGCGCAAACCUUUCAAGGCCUCAUGAGGUAUGUGGAGCGUCACAGGCCGCUUAUGAUCUUGUUUGAGAAUGUGGAUGCAAUGGACGACGUGAAAAGCGGCGGUCAGUCCAACAUGGAUGUGUUCCUCAGCCAAAUGGCAGCCCAUGGGUACGAAGGCCAGCCUGUCCUCACAGACAGCUGCGAGUUUGGCUUGCCUGCACGCCGCCGGCGCUUGUACGUCUUUUUGGUGCGGGUGGAAGCAAAUCCCUUGCUGUCCUUCCAGGAUAGAAGCGUGGAUUCCAUCUUCUCCACAUUUGGCGGCCUUUUGUCUGGAUGUGUGAGGCAAGGGCCUUGUGCUUCCGAAGUUCUUUUGGCUGACGAUGACCCUGCGGUGCUCGCUGACUUGGCCCAUCGGGUGCAGCGACGCGAAGAGCUCAGUCAACAUGAAAAGCCUUCGAGCACAGAGUGGGCUGUUCACCACAUGAAGAUGGCAGACGCGCUUCCGCUCCUACAAGUCCAAUCCCCUGGUAGCCUCAUGCGGGACUUGUCCCAAAGCAUUAACCGCGCCAAUGCUUUUACUUGGAGGGCAGAAGGAGGAAAGCACAUCGCGCCCACCAUGCUUCCAAAGAUGAAUUUGUGGCUUGAACCUGUUCCACCUCGGAACACAGCUCGGCUGAUGUUAGGCCGCGAAGCCUUGCUAUUCCAAGGAUUUCCUGCGCUGCUGUUUUUGGAACGCUUGGAUACUUUUCAAGCUGAAGCGAAGGCCGCGGGCCUGGUUGCCCAAGCUGCGCAGCAGUCAAAUACCAAGCCGCUUGUGAAAAGGGCCAAGCAUCCUCACCAAGUCAAUGAGAGGAAUGACUUCAGGAAGCAAGACCUCUUGCUCACUUGGCGACCCACAGAGACAUUGAUGCAGGACUUAGCUGGCAACGCUAUGUCAUUGCCGGUGGUCAUGACAAUGUUGCAAUACGCAUUUGUCGCCGUGAACUGGCAAUCCGCUGGCGAAGUGAGGCGAGCUGCUGAUGCACCUGUGACGACGCAGCAGGACUGA